AUGUUGAGUGCAGAUUUUUGCGUUGGAGGGGAGAAUGGGGGUAGGAGUGGGGCGUAUGGGGGAAGGGGUAUGGAUGAGGGGAGCAGGAAUUGGGGGAGAGGGGGGAGAAGUAUUGGAGGAAGGGGGGGAUGGGGAGGGUCAAUGGGUUGGUGGCGGGGUUGGGGGAGAGAUGCAGCAGAGGGAGGGGAUGUGAGUGAUUGGGGGGAAGGAGGGUCAGGAGGAAGCGGAGGACGAGGGGGAGGAGGAGGAGGCGGAGGAGAGGGAGGAGUGGGAAGCAACAUGAAGGGGAUAGUAGGAGAGGGAGUGGCUCUUUUAGAUGAUGAGGAGGUGGAGAGGAUGGAUGACGAGGUGAUUCAAGCCUUGUUCGAGCGAGUGGUGGAGGCACAGACGCAGCUGCACAAUUAUAAGAACCUUGUCGCCUUUUCACUCUUCACCGCGCUCUACCUCCUCAUGCUCUGUCUUCAGGCUCAGUCAUUUCAGAGCUACCAGGUGGCCUCAGCCCACUCCAUCCUCCUGCCGCCUGACUACUCAGGGGACUCAAGCUACUCCUUUGCCAGCAGCAGCGACUUCUACACCUGGCUUAACAACAGCAUCAUUCAGGUCAUAUGGUCGGAUCCUCAAUGCGGCGACGGCACAUGCACACCCCCAACUGAAUUUCCUGCAGUGGGCCGAUUUGGCUGUGCCCAAGACUGUGGUAACGCGCGUAACGUUACAACGGUGACGGUGGCGCUGCGAUGUCACUUUGCAUCGAGGGAAGCUAUGGUUAGCAGCUCCUGGAACCUCUGCUCUACUGCUAUCAGAGAUGUGUGCUGGUUUCAGGACCCCCAGACAUUCACGGAGCUGACAGGCUGGCACACAGUCACAGUGCGCCUGCCAGACAACGACUGGUUCGUCUCCCUCACUGCUCCCACCGGGGGCGUGGGCGUCUAUGUCUAUGAGUCCCUAGGGAAGAAGACCACAGGCGCUUCAGAACCUGGCACAGACUCCUCCUCUGGUGUUAACAGCUCAGGCUCAGCUGCUGAAGGCUCGGUGAUGAUAUCAGCACCGCCGCCACUGCCACCGCCGCCACCCCCUGUUUCCACCGCCCCUGCCCCAGCCCCCUUCCGACUGCCCUCCUCGCGUGUCUCCCCCUCCGCCUCUCCUCCACCCGCCUCGCCCACCGCUUCGACUUUUGAGUCGACUCAAAAGUCAACUCCUCCACCCGCCUCGCCCACCGCUUCGCCUUUUGAGUCGACUCAAAAGUCAACUCCUCCACCUGCCUCGCCCACCGCUUCGCCUUUUGAGUCGACUCAAAAGUCAACUCCUCCACCCGCCUCGCCCACCGCUUCGCCUUUUGAGUCGACUCAAAAGUCAACUCCUCCACCCGCCUCGCCCACCGCUUCGCCGUCCACAAAGGAGUAUCUGCGGCCUUCCAACGGCACGGGGGCGAAUGUGCUGCUGGCGAGCGUGGAUGGGUGUGUGGAGGACGGCGAGAGCGGUCUGCAGCGGUGCAGACAGGUACGGUGUGGUGGUGAGGUGUUGGACGCGGUGCAUGUGCAAGCAGGGGUUUGCAGCGGUGCAGACAGACCUGUGCCAUAUGGACUAUCUGUCUCCCGCAACUGUGCACCAGAAGCAGCAGCAGCACUGGCAACACCACCAACAGCACCAGUCCUCACUCACUCCCUUCUCUUCACUCCUCUCCCUCGCGUCUCCCAUGCCCCAGACCUGUGCCAUAUGGACUAUCUGUCUCCCGCAACUGUGCACCAGAAGCAGCAGCAGCAGCACGGGCAACAGCAGCAGCAGCGCCGCAAGCACCAGUCCUCCCACGACUCUGCCCGGGUUCAUACUUUCAACUGCAGUCCUGUUCCUACCGUCCCUCCUGCCCCUCACCUCCUUGCCUUGCCCAUACCCUCCUCCGGUGUCCCCCUUCUUUCCCUCCCCAUACAACGCUGUUCCCGCCAGGCGUUCACUGUCUUCGAGGCGUCUCUGCAAACACCCUCAUGCACUGGUGCUCCCCCUGCCCCUCACCUCCGCCCUUGCCCAUACCCUUCCCCUGCCAUGUCGUCAUAUCCUGCUGCACUCUCUGCCGCUUCUCCUACCACCACUUCUCCUUUGCCUUGUGCCUGCCUGCCAGACGCCUUAAACACACACACCAUCACCUACGUCCUCUGA